ACGUGUAUGCCUCAAUCUGAAGGUUAAAUAAGCCGGUGGUCGGGUGUGUUUGUUGGCCGCUGAGAGUGGUCGUUUGGACGGUUAGAUUUUGGAGAGAGUACGGUCUGGAGUGGGCACAACGCAGACAUGGACCCAGAGAAAGCACAGCAACUGGCGGCGGAACUAGAAGUGGAAAUGAUGGCUGAUAUGUACAAUCGGAUGACCAACGCGUGCCACAGGAAGUGCGUGCCCCCCCACUACAAGGAGGCGGAGCUGUCUAAAGGGGAGGCGGUGUGUCUGGACCGCUGUGUGGCCAAGUACCUGGACCUACACGAGAGGCUGGGCCGCAAGCUCACCGAGCUCUCCGUUCAAGACGAGGAGAUGAUGAGGAAGAAUGCUAUCGGACAAUAAUAUAUAUUUUUUGGGGGAGGGAUGUGGGUGGCUUAGCGCUAAGGUUACCAAGCUAUCCGUGCAGAGGGGUGGGAUAGAGAGGGAGAGCGAAAGGGUGGGGUGGGUUAAAAUAAAAAUAAAAAGCGUGGCUCUUAUAUGGAGGGGAUGGAGUUGCCUUCCAGAGUGGGUAGGGUGGGUUUGAAGAGUAGGGUGCUUGUAAGGAGAAGGUUAGUGUUUGAGUGAUCAUGAUGUGGAGCGGACAUGGGGAUGGAUGAAGCCUAUUUAUGUUUGUGUGAACAGUGGUUGUACUUGUGGUUUGAGGCAAGAUUAAAAAAAUAAAUAAUAAUUUUACCAGAGCGAGAGACACUAAUAUGCAUAGUUAACUUUUUUUUGUUCAGCCUAUCACUGCUCUUUCGGCAUCGUGUGUGACUAGGGAAACAGGUUGCUGAUUGGCCCCUUUUAGUUAUGUGGGCGUGUCAAAAGUGAUGAUGAAUUGAGAAAUCCCACAAUAAUCUUUGAUAAAACGCUUUCAUUGUUCCAUAGUGCAGUGUUUUCUUCAAUCCGUUCCUGAUGGGGACCCUGGGAGGUGCACCUCUUUUCUCUAGCCCUGGACUAACACACCUGACUCAACUGAUGAAGGGCACCCAUUGGGCUCAUAGGCAUAGUGUCUCAGAGUAGGAGUGCUGAUCUAGGAUCCGUUUUUCCUUUCAGAUCACUAUGAAUGGACGGGGGAACUGAUCCUAGAUCAGCACUCUGAGACGCUUUAUGAAUACGGGCCCUUGUCCCCUAGGAAUAGAAGGAGACACUGCCAUAGUCAAAAUGAGGACCAAGCCUUUAUGAGUGUCAUUUCUUUACAUAUUGAUCAGACUCAGUUUGUUCAUUGGCUUUGUAUUUACUUCAUGUUGAAACUGUACAAAUGUUGUACAAAGUUUUAUUUUGUGACAUUUUUAGAAUCCUUUUUUGUUCAUCAUUUAAAUCAAAAUAAAUCUUGAUAUAGUAUAUAUUUUAGUUUUUAGUGAUGCAUUCUACACUAUUUUCUAAACAGUAAUACAAUAUUGUACUUAUUGGUUACAUUCCAAAUGGCACCCUUUUCCUUAUAUAGUGCACUAUUUCUGAAGAGUGCACUAUGCGCCUUGGUCAGAAAUAAUGCACUAUAUAGAGAAUAGGGUGCCAUUUGGGAUGCUUUCAGCCAUCGCACGAAAAUAAGAUGUUCAAUCUCAAACAUGUUUUACUUAGUAGACUUAUAUGACAUUUCCCUCAGAGUUUCUUGAAGUCACCCACCCAUUGCAAAUAAAAUCAACUGUCAAUUUCAA